GGUGAAUUGUGUGCAGCAGCUCCUCACACUGGCCCGGAGCGGUGUGUGUCUCGGUGUCGCUCGUCCUCAGUCCCGGUUAAUGCCGCUGAUUUUACAGAAUAAACGACCUUUAGACGCGACAUUUUAAACCCCGCUGUUAAAACCUUACCGGCUUACCCAGUUAUUUAUGGGAUGUGUCCUACAACAAGAGCCAGAGAUCGAGUGGAGGACAGUACCACCUGCCACUGAGCCAAUUGGAAAGGAAUACAUUGGCCAUAUUUGUGAACUGAAAUCAAACAGUCACACUACUUUUUAUGAUUAUUACUGACAUCGUAAAAUCAGACAGACUGCAAACCUGCAGAUAUCUCACUUAUGAUCUUAAGGCUGGAUGAGUGGGCCAACCUUCGCCUCCCCCUCUGCGGAGGUGGCUGAGAUGAACCGCAUCCACUAUGAGCUGGAGUACACAGAAGGCAUCAGCCAGCGCAUGCGGAUCCCUGAGACGCUAAAAGUGGCCUCAGAGAACCAGACUGGGUCCUUUCCGCUUGAGCCGCCCCUGCUCACUCACACAACUCUGAUGCAGGUUCCUGAGAGGAUUAUUGUUGCAGGUGACGAUGCUGACCCUCGAUUUGCUCGUCCAAGAGACUUAGACCUGAUUCAGUCCGUCCCACCCUUGGACCUCCUGAACAUGAAGGCCCCACCACGAAUCCUCACCCUCACAGAGCAGUCACUGGACUCUCUGGACACUGAGCAAACUGCCUCCUCACAGAACAAUCCCAGCCAGACGGGCCACAUUCAUGCUCGCUCUCGAAGAGAACGUAGUGCGAGUGAGCACAUAUCUGGCCGCCACAGCAGUCACGUCAGCAGAGGUGAAAUAAGUGUCACCCCGUCCCCCUCUGCUCCCCCAGUCCGCUUAUGUCCCCCCCUCUGUUCCCCCGAGGAUGCAAGUAUCAACCUGUUUACAGCUGCUGGGGUCCUGUCUUACAUCCAGUCGACAACACGUCGGGCGUACCAGCAGGUCCUUGAGGUCCUGGAUGACAGCCACCGCAGGACAAACCUGGACUUGGCCCUGGAUAUAAACCCUGAUGAGUCUGGCUUGGUGGACGCUUCCUCACUACGACGACAGAUUGUGAAGCUGAACCGGCGUCUGCAGCUGCUUGAGGAAGAAAACAAAGAACGCUCCAAGCGAGAGGUGAUCCUCUACUCUGCUACUGUGGCGUUCUGGCUCAUAAACACCUGGAUCUGGUUCCGUCGCUGAGAUGGAACAAGGGUGAGCCUCCCAAAUCACUGGAAGCCAUUAAAACAAGGGGGGCUACUGGAAUUUAAAGGUAACCACAGGAAACUAUAUAAACAUUGGCAAUGUCCUAAACCACAACCCUGUAUGUUUUUAUAGCAAAUAACAUGUUUGAAAUUCAACCUAAACACUGUCAAGAUAAAACCUGAGCCAGAGCACGCAACAAUGUUUACUAAAUCUUCUCAAUGUUACAAAAUUUCACAAUGGCAGACUGUAACUACAGACUCAGUCACAAAGUCAUUGUUGGUGAGGUGUUGCCACAGCACAGGGAACAAACUUAACUUUAAAGUGUGAAGUAUCUGUGUUUCACUACCCUGAAUCUGAAGAUGAUGAUCUGAACAUCUAUGAUGUUCACUUCAGUUUAAGAGAAACUAAAUGUCAUACAGGUCAUAUUUAUUAUUGGUCUAAAGUGGUAAAGUAGUGUCUGACAUGAAUCAGCAGAAAUGACAAAUCUUUACCAAUUUAUCAGAGAUUUUGAUUAAAGAGAUGGUUAAAUGUUGGCAACUAUACCUCUCAGCUUUAUAAAUCCUGUUACAGUGAGCUUUCCAUCUUUGUGAGAGUAAACAAUGUUUGGAAACUAGCAUGGCACUCAGUAGAGCACAUACCGCCACCAAGGCCCAACAGUCCCCUGGAAUUCAAUCAAGCUGCACCAAAUUUUUUUUCCAUCAACCUCCAUCCCUGUAUUUGCCUCUUUGACUGGCUCUACAUCAGAUGUAAGGAGGAUUUUUUUUCUGGCCAAUAUCCCAUCCCUUCAUCAAGUUUCGUGCAAAUACGUUCAGUAGUUUUUUCGUAAUCUUACCUACAAACAAACAAUCCAAACCAGUCGGUAAACAAACAAAUAGAUGGCUGAAAACAUGACCUGCUUGGUGGAGGUAAUGAGUCUUUACUAGCCUCAGGACAAGAAUGAUCUGAGGGGAAACAAGUAAUUUGGGAACCAAGCCCAGAAUUACAGGACCAAACCUCAGAUGUGACCUGAGGUUCAUCAGUUUGGUCAAAAAAGUGAUGAUUCUCAAAGUGUCAAAAUAAAAUGUCUAAAUCUAGAGGUGCCAUAACAUUAACCCUGAAUGUCCCAUGACUUUCUUGUUAUCCAAAACAUUUGUGUACAUUACUUGAAUAGCCUAUUGUUGCAAUGUUGUAGUCUUGAAUAUCAUUAUUAAUUAUUCACCUCUGUGGCCGUCAUACGCCCAGAGAUUGUGAUAGGGAAGCAGAACUUCAGGGCAGGGCACUGGAGGUGGAGGUUAUCAGUGUAUUAUUUAUGUAUUUCUAUUCUGUUUCUACAAUUUGUUUUUCCUGAGAAUCUGACCUCUCCUUCUUUUUCCACUAAGUUACCUACAAGACUAAAAAAAAGAAAGAGCAUGGACUUUGUGGUUUGAUGAUCAUACAGUGUGAUGUAAAAUCAUGUGUAAUAGACGAAUAUGUAUAUGAGAUAUUGAUGUCAUUAUUUUUGAAGAGCGAUGUAUUAUUAUUUUUUUAUUUCUCACACAUUUUGCAGAGGCAUCGGCAGAAUGUUGCAGUGACCAUUUCCUUCUAUCACGCACUGUACUUAUCACAUAAAGCUGGAGUUUUAAGUUUUUAUUAUUUGACUUUCUUUGUAAUAUAUGAAAACAUUUAUUGUAAAUAUUUUUGCUGUAAUAAAUGAUGGAUGUUGACUUCUGUCCUCUGUACAACCCUGCCCCCUGCUGUUGUGUCGGCUCAUGUGCAACAAAGGAAGCUGCUCCAGCGCCUUUUAAACACAGCUAGUAGUGGUUGAAACUCUGACAGGAAGUCAUUUACAGGAAGUCGUUUAUAAAACCAAACAUCAAGCAGACACU